ACACUGCUCACUGUAACACUGCUCCUGUGGCAGCUGACUGACUACACAAAUCCUGCUAAAUAAAGCAGGUUAUUUUCAGUUAGGGGUGAAAUUCCAGGCGUGUAGGUUAUCUACCUAACGUAGGCUUCAGUGGGGCGAUAUAUUGAGCUUGUUGAGAGUGGAACUAUUUAUUCAGAGCCCUCAAAUCCACCCGGUAGAUGAACGGUGAGCACGGCUCGUUUGUAAACACUGCUGCAGGCUUCUGUGCUGGUCUAUCGGCGGGAUCCGCGCUGCGCUUCAGGGCUGAUGGCGGCGGCUGCGCUGCUCCGCUGGGGGACAAGGAGCGCCGGGGGCCUGUGGUCGGCUGUGCGCGUGCCCGCCGUUUUCUCUAGAGGUCAGGUCUCGUACACGCAAGGGCAGAGUCCGGAGGCGCGCUCCCGCGAGUACUUCUACUACAUAGACCACCAGGGUCAGCUGUUCCUGGAUGAUACCAAAGUGAAGAACUUUGUCACUUGUUUUAAAGAUCCAAAGUUUCUUGUUUUCUUCUUUAAACAAUUGAAAGUCAAUCAGAGUGGUCGCUACCAGCAGCACUUCCCCUUUUUGUCAUUGUGUGGACGUGAGAGGAACUUUCUGCGCUGUGACGAUCAGCCAAUCGUCUACACUCACCUGUUAUCUAAAGCAGGAUGUGAGGAGCGUCUUUCAUACUGUGGAGGUGGGGAUAAACUGACAGUUCUAUUCAGGCCAGAAUCUUUGUUCAUGCAUCCAGUCAGUGGUAGAGUGUACCACCCUGCUCCGGAGCAUGUAGGGGGUGUUGGACUGGUGCGCUCUGCACUGGCCAUUGAGCUCAGUCCUCAUUUUCAGUACUCUUCAGGUCAGGACAACACUGCCCAGCCCACCCAUUUUCUGUGGGCCGGGCAACAACACACUCUGACCAAUGAUUUGUCCAGACAUUUUCUUUAGACUAAUAAUACUGUAUAGUUACAUUUGAAAUUAUGCAUUUGUGAGAUAUUGUAAUUGUAUGUUUGUGAGAGAAAUACCUGCACAAUUAUUCUGAUUUAUUCUGAGAAUAUGGUUUGAUUGUGGAGAUAUGUAACUUUGUGUAUGGUUAUUUAAAUAAUAAAAGGUAGGUUCAGGGUUUCUGAAUGAAAUAUGCAUUAAGUUAUGUUAAUUAAUAAAUACCUAUGGUCAUUUUCAACAAGAAUGUGUGAUUUAGAAUUCAUGCAAAAUGGCCCAGUGUACAAAGAAAGCUGUACACUAAACCUGAACUGGAAAGCCGGGAUGUCCGCUUAUAUUACACAGUUUAUUAUCUUGUAAACAGUUUAGCUAGACCCUAAUGUUCUUAACUUCUUGUACUACUUCACCUGUAAUUUGCAUUAAAAAAAUUAUGCUUUA